CACUCGAGACAGCGCGCGGGCGCGCUUGGCGGGUUUUUUUCUUUUGCGUGAUUUUCCGGCGGCGGGUCGACCUCCUCUCUCUCGGCCACCGGCGUCAGGUAGCGAAGCCGGGCGAAACGGCGAGCUAGCAGUCGCGUACGGAGCGCGGCAAGAUUCGGGACGUCCGAUGCGACGCGCGCUCGAGACCAAAGCCGAGGCAUGGCUUCGUGACUUGCGCGUCUCUCCUCUGUUCCGGCGCUUCAACUUGUGGAAACACACGGUUUCACCCACGGGCUAGAUUUGACAUGAAGAGCGGCGGCAACCGCAUCGCCGUCAGCAGCGCUAUCCAGCAGGCGGCAACGACAUUCCUUCAGCGGCGCCGGGGUUGAUUGAGCUUGUGACAGCUGCGGUAGGAUACGGUGGUGUCGACGCGCCACUUCAUCGUCUUGAUGGAUACCCAUUGGCAGCUUGCGAUUGAACCGCCGCCGGUGUCACUGGCCUAACGAGUCGCCGUACUACUUGCCUGUGCUUGACACUUCGCCGCCGCAGACCGACUUCGCUGGAUUCUCGGAGCGUCCCGUGUGGUUGAUGCGUUAUACGAGUGCUGUUCAGUGCGACUUCUUGCUCGUGUGGUUGUGGUGCGCGACGCGGCCCUCUCUGAUGCGUGGCGGUGAGUACUGUGAUGUGUGCGUGCCGGCUGGAAGGGAUGCAGCCGACGACCGGCGCUAGUCACUCGUCCAUGCUUGGCGAACUCGAGGAUUACUUGCACGAGAUCCGGGACCGCGACGUCGUGCCCGACGAUGACGAGGCGGAGCCCGGCGACGUCUACUCUCAGCUGGCGCAGAAGGAGAAGGACCUUCUGCUGGCAGCCGAGAUCGGCAAGGAGCUGCUCGAGCGAAACUCGGACCUCAGCCGCCAGAAUGAACGACUCACCGAGGAGUACUCGCGGAAGCUCGAGGUGCUGGAGCAGGAGAAGCACGCGCUGCGCCGCAAGCUCGAGUCCCUGUCGGGCGAGAGCGACAGCCGGCUGGCCGAGCUGCAGGCCGACCUGGCGCAGGCCCGCCAGCAGCUGGCCGACCAGCAGGAGCUGCUGCGCGCGCUCGAGAGGGAGCGCGGCGCGCUGGUGCACGAGAUGAGCGACCAGAACCAGCGGCUCGCGCAGGAGCUCAAGGCGGCGCGAAGGGCCGAGGACCAGGCGGCCGGCCAGUACCGCAGCCUGCGGCAGCAGCUGUCGCUGCGCCGCUCCAGCCUGGACGACCACGUGGCGCAGCUGCAGGGGCUGCGGGACGAGAUCACGCUCCUGUCCGAGCGCAAGGCCGAGCUGGAGCGGCGCAUCUCGGCGCUGGUGGACGAGCGCGAGAGCCUGAGCCUGUCCCUGGAGGAGUCCGGGGACCGCAUACUGCUGCUGGAGAAGCAGAGGCACGAGUACGAGACGCAGAUCCGGCAGCAGCAGCGGGACAUGGAGGAGCUGAGGAUCGCCAACGGCCAGCUGCAGGACCGCAUGGACGCCCUGCAAAGGCAGCGCACCUCGUCGCCCCUCCUCAACGGCCUGCUCAACAACACGGGAGGGCAGCGGUCGCUCUUCAACGAGAUCGAGAUGUCGUCCAGCUCGUCGGCCGACGACGAGGCCGGUAGCACGGGCCGCCGCAGCCGGCAGCCCUCGCAGCUGGGCUCUUCGUCGGCGGGCUUCCCGGGGGACUUCGACGAGAUCGAGUGCGACGACUGUGACCUGGCCACCGACGAGGACAAGCAGCUUCGGCAGGAGCUGGCGCAGGCCGUGCAGGAGCUGCAGCGCCUGGCGUCCGAGCUCCGCCGGCAGAGGGAGUGCAGCUCGGUCAACUCGGACAGCGGCGUGCCCCCGUCGCCGCAGGAGCUCGACCCGAGCGAAGUGAGCGCCCACAUGCUGCAGGCGGUGGUCGCCGACCUCAGGGCGCUGCUGCAGGACAUGCUCGCCGGCGGAGCGGCCGUGUGCCAGGCGUGCCAGGCGGCGGCCGAGCGCGCCCGCGAGGAGGCCGAGCUCCGGCGCGAGCUGGCGGACAAGAGCGACGAGCUGCGUCGCCGCAGCGCCGACCUGGCCGAGGCCCAGCGGCAGCUGGCGCUUCGCGACACCGAGCUGCGGGCGCUGCACGAGGAGCGGGACAGGCUGCGCGACGACGUGGGCAGCAGCCGCAUGGCGAAGGACGAGAUCGUCAAGAUGGCGUGGAACACGCGGGACCAGGCCGUCGCCAGGUACGCGGGCGAGCCCCU